AUGGCGUGGGGAAACAAGACUACAGUGACUGAGUUUGUCCUCCUUGGCUUCUCCCCAUCCUGGGAAGUCCAUCUUCUUUUAUUUUUGCUCUUCCUCUUCCUCUACACGGCCACCCUCUUCAGCAACCUUCUUAUUCUAAUAGCAAUUUCCCAGAACCACCGUCUUCUCCGUUCGCCGAUGUUCUUUCUGCUCGGCCACUUGGCCUUCCUGGACCUCUGCAUGUCUUCUUUUGCCACCCCCAGAGCCCUCUUUGACUUCCUUGCUCAACGUCAGACCAUCUCCUUCCAGGGCUGCAUGGCACAAAUCUUCUUCCUCCAUCUCUUUGGAGGCAGCGAGAUGCUCCUUCUCAUGGCUAUGGCCUAUGACCGAUACGUGGCCAUCUGCCAUCCACUCCACUAUGCCUCACUCAUGAGCCGGCGCUAUUGUGUGGCCCUUGUGCUGGCCUCCUGGGCUGGUGGGCUUCUCCACACCAGCGUGCAGCUGGCCUUCACCAUUAAUGUCCCCUUCUGUGGGCCCAACCACAUAGACAGCUUCUUCUGCGACAUUCCCUUGGUCAUCAAGUUGGCUUGUGCUGACACCUAUCCCCUGGAGAUCAUGAUGGUGACCAACAGUGGCAUCAUGUCACUGGUUGGGUUUAUCACUUUGCUCAUCUCCUAUGGACUCAUUCUCUCAGCCAUCCAUUCCAGAGCCCCCUCUGAAGGGACUUCCAAGGCCUUCUCCACCUGUACCUCUCACCUAAUAGUGGUCACCAUGUACUUCGGGCCCUGUAUAUUUAUUUACUUGCGUCCGUACACCCGCUUCACGAUUGAUAAAGUGUUCUCUGUUUUCUACACCGCUGUCACCCCCUUGCUAAACCCAGCCAUCUACGCUUUGAAAAACAAGGAGAUGAAGUCUGCCAUGGGAAAGUUGCUGGCAAGACAUUCUAUAGAGCCCCGCCUGGUCUCCCAGUUAAGGAGGAAAAGAUUUGCUUUGUUAUUGCCUUCAUAUUUAGAUCUCUCCUGA